GAGGCUCAAUUCGAGCAGCUCACCAAGGAGUUAGAGGCAGAGAGAAGGAGCGUUGCUACUCAGCUAGAGAAGUGUAAGCUUGGCAGUGAGACAGCUAGCAUGUCGAGUAUCAGUUCUGCAGAUGACCACUACCACUGGCGCCACCACACGGAUCCGCACCAGCACUCUCAGCAGCACUACCGCCCGCAGCAUCCACAUCCGCAGCAGCAGCAGCAUCAGUACCACGACGCGCUAGAGAGCGACAAUGACAGCAGGGUUGCAGGCUCACAGCUCGUCGACUCCUGCCUUGACGAGCCACUGAUCAUCGGCGACCACAACUUCAACGACAAGCGCGGCGACAACGACAUCAGCUACAUAUCGACGAACCUCGGCUACGAGCCUAGCCACUCCCCCUCGCCCUACAACGCACCAAUCACUGACGAGAUGUCCGACCGGGACACGCCCACGUCGUCGAAUCGCCACUCCAUGCAGAGUUCGGGCAGCGGUGGCGGCGGGGGCGGUGAUCCGAAAUCCCCGAUGGAGCUAACGAAGCGAACGACGCAGCAGACACAACAGCUCGUUCGAAUUCGCUGCAGCUCUGCCGCUCUGCGCGGGCGCGAGAUGGCGCCACCGUACACUGACGAGUUCUACAAGAAAGGGGCGUCGUGGACAACAG